AUGGCCGACAUAGGCAAGACCGACAAGGGGGUCGAGGAAUGGGUGGAAACUGCCCACCCCGUCCCCGCCGACGACGACCUCAAUGAGAAGGAGCACUCCGACCUCGCGGCGAACCUCCUCGCCUCGGGGCACAUCCAGAUCACGGCGGCCGAGCUGCGAGACCUCGCGGACCAGCUCCCAGAGAUGCCUAUCGACCGCACUGCCAAGAUCCUCGACGAGACGUUCAAGAUCCACGAGCACGACCCGCGGUACGACCCCGAGACCCUCUUCCGUAUCCGCCAGUUCCUUGACGAGCCAGACGUCCAGGCCCACCCCGAGCGCCAUGCCGAUCUCGUCUACGAGAUGCGCAUCUUUGCGCUGCUGACCAGCACGAGCUCGGUGUACCCCGAGGUCCGCGCCGUCGCUUCCAACACCGACGACCCGUCCAUGCCGUCGCUCACGCUCCGCGUGUGGGUUAUCGGAUCGAUCCUCUCCGCCAUUGGCUGUGUCGUCAACGCCGUCUUCAGCAACCGCUACCCGUCCAUCAGCAUUGGCCAGAACGUCAUCCAGCUGGUGUCGUACCCGAUCGGUGUCCUCUGGGCCAAGCUGCUCCCCGACUGGAAGAUCCUCGGUGUGAGGCUCAACCCGGGACCGUUCAACAAGAAGGAGCACAUGCUUAUUGUGAUUAUGAGCGGGCUUGGCAUCUCGGCACCGCCUACGCAGCACCUCAUCUUCGUGCAGGCCAUGCCCCAGUGGUUCAACAUGCAGUACGCGCGCAACCCGGGCUACCAGUUCUUGGGUGCGCUCGGCACCAACAUGAUCGGCUUUGGGUUCGCCGGCCUGACUCGUCGCUUCCUCGUCUACCCUUCGUACUGUGUUUGGCCGUUUGCGCUCUCGACCAUCGCCCUCAACAAUGCGCUGCAUGAGCAGGGCCGCGUGUCGACUCCGGUUCGUGGCCCUGGCAAGUCGAUCUGGCGUGCCAGCAUGUACAAGUGCUUCUGGGUUGUCUUUGGCAUCUACUUUGUGUACUACUUCUUCCCGUCGUACAUCUUCCCCAACCUCCAGAUCUUUGACUGGAUCGCGUGGAUCAAGCCAUCCAACGGAAACCUUGUCGCCAUGACCAGCUCCAACUUUGGCGUCGGAUGGGGCCUCAACCCGUGGCCUACAUUCGAGUACGGCUUCUUGGGUGGAACCGCCGGCUACACGCCCAUGUUUGUGCCCUACAACUUUAUUGUCGGACUGUUGGCUGCCAUGAUCCUCGGAACAAUCUUCUGGUACCGUAACGCCUGGAACAGCGGCUAUCUCCAGAUCAACUCGCCCACGACGUGGGACAACAAGGCCGAGGAGUAUGUGGUGUUGAACGUUGUCGACGAGUGGGGCCGUCUCGACGAGGACAAGUACCAGCACUACUCUGCCCCUUACAUGUCUGCCGCAAAGCUCGUCGAGUACAUUGGCAUGUUUGCAUACACUGCUGGAGUCCUCACCCACACCCUCCUUUACAACACGCACGAACUCAAGCUCGGCUUUGUUGGCAUGUGGCGCGACUUUAAGCGCUCGUGGGCCAAGCUACUCCGCCGCGAGGUGCCUGCCGACGACGAUGUGGAGAACGAGAAGAUGGGCGACGACAUCCACUACAAGCUCAUGCGCACAAACUACCCCGAGGUGCCCGAGUGGUGGUUCCUCAUCAUCACCCUCGUGUCCAUGGCCCUCAGCUUUAUUUGUCUUGGCGUCUACACCAACGUCUCGCCCGCCGUCGUCCUCGUCGCGCCAAUUAUCACACUCAUCUUCCUCAUCCCCGUCGGCGUCGUCACCGCGGUGUCGGGCAUCGAACCGUCCCUCAACACGAUCUCCGAGCUCAUCGGCGGCGCCUUCGCGGGCGGCGAUACUAUGACAGUCCAGUUCUUCAGGAUGUUCGGCUCCGAGCCUGUUUGGCAUGCCCUUAUCUAUGCCAAGGACCUCAAACUGUCUCACUAUGUCAAGAUCAACCCCCGCCACAUGUUCUAUGUCCAGAUCUGGGGCGCUUUGCUCGGCACCGUCGUCACAGUCGGCCAGUGGCAGUGGCUCCUCGACAUGCCCGGCAUCUGCACCAAGGACGCGCCCUUCAGGCUCAUCUGCCCUGACGGCCAAUCCAACUAUGCCAGCUUUGUCUUCUCGGGUACCAUUGGCUCUCCCCGCCUCUUUGGCCCCGGUGGUCGCUUCUCAUGGCUGCUGAUCGGCUUCCCCAUCGGCGUCUUCUUCCCCAUCGUGAUGUACUUCAUCAAGAAGCGCUUCCCUCGCUCCAAGGUGCUCCAGGGCACCCACCCGCUACUCCUACUCCUCGCACUGUCGUGGAUCGUCGGUGUCUCCCUCGGCACUUACGUCCCCAUCAUCGCCAUCGCCUACUUCUCGUGGAACUACCUCAAGCCGCGCUACCUCGAGUUCUGGACUCGUUACAACUACGUUACUCUCGCAGCUUUGAGCACCGCGAUUUCAUUCAACGCCCUGAUCACAUUCUUCGCGCUCGUGUUCCCCGGCGUGGAGUUCCCCAACUGGUGGGGCACGGACGGCGGCACGCCCGGCUGCAUCGGCGACUGGACCAACGAGGCUUGUGCGCCGUUCAAGAUUGGAGAACGUGGAUACUUUGGCCCCGAGCUGGGCCAUAUCACCCAUUGA